GUUGACAUUUAGGGAUGUGGCCAUAGAAUUCUCUCUGGAAGAAUGGCAAUGCCUGGACAAUGCACAGCAGGAUUUGUAUAGAAAAGUGAUGUUAGAGAACUACAGAAACCUGGCCUUCUUGGGUAUUGCUGUCUCUAAGGCAGAUCUGAUCACCUGUCUGCAGCAAGGAAAAGAUCCCUGGAAUAUGAAGAGACACAGUGUGGCAGCCAAGCCCCCAGUUCUAUGUUCUAAUUUUGGCCAAGACCUUUGGCCAAGGCUGGGAAUAAAAGAUUCUUUUCAAAAAGUAAUACUGAGAGAAAAUGGAAAAUGUGGACAUAAGGAUUUACAGUUAAGAAAAGGCUGUAAAAGAGUGAAUAAGUUUAAUGUGCACAAAGAAAGUUAUAAUGAACUAAACCAGUGUUUGAAAACUAACAGAAGCAAAGUACUUCACUGUGAUAAACGUGUGAAAGUCUUUCAUAAAUUCUUAAAUUCAAAUAGACAGAAGACAAGACCUACUGGAAAGAAACCUUUCAAAUGUAAAAAAUGUGGCAAAUCAUUUUGCAUGCUUUUACACCUAAGUCAACAUAAACAAGUUCAUAUUAGAGAGAAUGCUUACCAGUGUGAGGAAUGUGGAAAAGCUUUUAACUGGUACUCACACCUUACUAAUCAUAAAAGAAUUCAUACUGGAGAGAAACCCUACAAAUGUGAAGAAUGUGGCAAAACUUUUAAGCAUUCCUCAACUCUUAGUAGACAUAAGAUAAUUCAUACUGGAGAGAAACCUUACAAAUGUGAAGAAUGUGGCAAAGCUUUUAAACAAUCCAUAAACCUUACCAAUCAUAAGAAAUUUCAUACUGGAGAGAAACCCUACAAAUGCGAAGAAUGUGGCAAAGCCUUUACCCUAUCUUCAUACCUUAUUACACAUAAGAGAAUUCACACGGGAGAGAAACCCUACAGAUGUCAAGAAUGUGGCAGAGCUUUUAACCGACACGCACACCUUGCUAAACAUAAGAGAAUUCAUACGGGAGAGAAACCCUACAAAUGUGAAGAAUGUGGCAAAGCCUUUUCCUGGGUCUCAACCCUUAGUAUACAUAGAAGAGUUCAUACUGCAGAGAAAUUUUACAAAUGUGAAAAUUGUGGAAAGGCUUUUAAGCAUUCCUCAACUCUUAGUAGACAUAAGGUAAUUCAUACUGGAGAGAAACUUUACAAAUGUGAAGAAUGUGGCAAAGCUUUUAGCCGGUCCUCACACCUUACUAAACAUAAGAUAAUUCAUACCGGAGAGAAACCCUACAAAUGUGAAGAAUGUGGCAAAGCUUUUAAACAGUCCUUAAGCCUUACUAAUCAUAAGAAAUUUCAUACCGGAGAGAAACCCUACAAAUGCGAAGAAUGUGGCAAAGUGUUUACCCUACCUUCACACCUUACUACACAUAAGAGAAUUCACACUGGAGAGAAACCCUAUGGAUGUCAAGAAUGUGGCAGAGCUUUUAACCGACACGCACACCUUACUAGACAUAAGAAAAUUCACACAGGAGAGAAACCCUACAAAUGUGAAGAAUGUGGCAAAGGCUUUACCCUAUCCUCACACCUUACUAGACAUAAGAUGAUUCAUACUGGACAGAGACCCUACAAAUGUGAAGAAUGUGGCAAAGAUUUUAAACAGCCAUCACACCUUACUAAUCAUAAAAUAAUUCAUACUGGAGAGAAGCCCUACAAAUGUGAAGAAUGUGGCAAAGGUUUUAAACAGUCAUCACACCUUACUCUUCAUAAAAUAAUUCAUACUGGAGAGAAACCCUACAAAUGUGAAGAAUGUGGCAAAGAUUUUAAACAGUCAUCACACCUUACUCUUCAUAGAAUAAUUCAUACUGGAGAGAAACCCUACAAAUGUGAAGAAUGUGGCAAAGAUUUUAAACGGUCAUCACACCUUACUAAUCAUAAAAUAAUUCAUACUGGAGAGAAACCCCACAAAUGUGAAAAAUGUGGCAAAGGCUUUACCCUAUCCUCAUGCCUUAGUAGACAUAGGAGAAUUCAUACAGCAGAGAAACUAUACAGAUGUGAAGAAUGUGACAAAACCUUUAACCAGUAUUCAUAUCUUACUAAACAUAAGAAAAUCCACACUGGAGAGAAACCCUGUAAGUGUGAAAAAUAUGGCAAAGCCUUUAACUAGUCCUCAGUUCUUAAAAGACAUGAGAUAAUUCAUACUGGAGAGAAACUCUGCAAAGUAGAAAGAUGUGACAAAUGCUUUUGACAACACUUCAAACUUUUCUUUCCAUAAAAGAAAUCAUAUUGGUGAGAUUUCAUAUUGGUUAUAACAAGAAUACAUUUUACAAUAAAAGAUAUAA